CUUCAAAGCUCACCGAAGAGUGAAAGAAAUGGACGAAGAUCGUAUUGGGUUGGUCUUGGCUCGAGCCUCAGAGCUUCGAUCCAAGAUUACCAACUGCAUCUACAAAGCAUCUUCUCUACCAACAGACCAUAUUGCAACAGAAGAGAGAGAAGGUGAUGACAGAGAAGCAGAAGCAGAAGCGGAGAGCCUUUUGAAUAUUCGCGAUGCCCUCGAAUCGCUUGAAGCUCAGCUAUCUUCUUUGCAGGCAUUACAACAGCAGCAGUGCUAUGAGAAGGAAGCAGCCUUGGCUGAGAUUGAUUAUAUUCGCAAGAAGUUACUCAAGAAGCUAAAGGAGUACAAAGGCCAGGAGAUAGAAGUUAUACAUGAGGCUACUGCUUUUGCUAGUGAAACAGUAGAAGAUAACAACGAUCUCCUCCUUCCCCCAUAUCCAACCCGGCCUUCUUGCUCCCUGAUGUCAGACAAUGACCAUCUUUCACACUUUCCUUCCACCCACAAGUUUGCUCAAAAUGGAGUGACAAGAGGUGAAGCAAAAAAUGAAUUAAAGAAAAGUAUCCAUGAUUCUGAGAGAAAUGAAGUGCAAUCUGAAACUAAUGGCUCAUUUAAAGGGGUGAGAAUAUUCUUCAGCAUGGUAGCCAAGUCAGUGCUAACUGUUGUUGGUGUCAUUUCUGUUCUGAGUUUGGCUGGGUAUGAGCCUACGCUUAGGAGAAGGGGCUCCCAAUUUAAGAUUCUGGGUCUAUCUCGAGGGCAAGGGGCUGUAGACAAGGAAGUAAUGGUUCAAUGUCCAGCUGGGAAGGUCCCAGUUGUUGAAAAUGGUAAAACUCGAUGCCUUGUGAAGGAGAGAGUUGAAAUUCCCUUUGAUCCGGUUGUUGCAAUGCCUGAUGUAAACUAUGGGUGUGGAUGA